AAGAGACUUGGAGGCCAUCUAUCUAAUCCAACCCCUUCAUUUUACAAAGCAAGAAGAAACCACAGGGAGAAGCAACUAGUUCAAGAUUUUACAGGCCGUAAUGAGCUGAUUGCUCGUUAUAUUAAGCUCCGGACCGGGAAAACUCGAACCAGGAAGCAGGUAUCUAGCCACAUCCAGGUGCUAGCCCGUCGGAAAGCCCGGGAGAUCCAAGCCAAGUUAAAGUCAACCAGCUGCUGGGCUGGAGACCACAGCAGGGUAUUUAUCAUGGAGAACAAUUGCUCCUGUGUUAUCUCCAGAGCCAUAAAAGAUCAGGCAGCUAAGGACAAAGCCCUGCAGAAUAUGGCUACCAUGUCAUCUGCUCAGAUCAUCUCUGCUACAGCCUUCCACAAUAAAAUGGCCCUUACCCGGGGACCAGCCUACCCAGCAGUCUCAGGGUUUUGGCAAGGAACUUUGCCAGGCCAAGCCGGAACUUCCCAUGAUGUGAAACCUUUCUCUCAACAAACCUAUGCUGUUCAGCCUCCGCUCCCUCUGCCAGGGUUUGAAUCUCCUGCUGGGUCCACCCUGUCACCAUCAACCCCUCCAUGGCAAGGCCGAAGUGUGGCCAGCUCCAAGCUCUGGAUGUUGGAGUUCUCUGCCUUCUUGGAGCAGCAACAAGACCCAGACACGUAUAACAAGCACCUGUUUGUACACAUUGGCCAGUCUAGUCCCAGCUACAGUGACCCCUACCUCGAAGCGGUGGACAUCCACCAGAUCUAUGACAAAUUCCCUGAUAAGAAGGGAGGACUCAAGGAGCUCUUUGAACGAGGACCCUCAAAUGCCUUCUUCCUUGUCAAGUUCUGGGCUGACCUCAACACCAACAUCAAGGAUGAAGGCAGCUCUUUUUAUGGUGUCUCCAGUCAGUAUGAGAGUCCUGAAAACAUGAUCAUCACCUGCUCCACCAAAGUCUGCUCCUUUGGCAAACAGGUUGUGGAGAAAGUAGAGACAGAGUAUGCCCAUUAUGAGAAUGGCCACUACUCCUACCGAAUUCACCGGUCUCCUCUCUGCGAAUAUAUGAUCAACUUCAUCCAUAAGCUAAAGCACCUGCCAGAGAAAUAUAUGAUGAACAGCGUAUUGGAGAACUUCACUAUUCUGCAGGUGGUGACCAACAGAGAUACCCAGGAGACCUUACUGUGUAUUGCCUAUGUGUUUGAAGUGUCUGCAAGUGAGCAUGGAGCUCAACAUCACAUCUACCGGCUGGUGAAAGAAUAAGAGACUUGGGGAUGGAGGACAAGAAGAAGCCAGGCUGUGUGUGUUCAAGGAAAGCAGGGAUAUCUGGUCUAUGCCUGAAGUUCAGAGUCAAGAAGAGAACAUUUCCCCCCGACCCCUCCUUUCCCAAGAACAAGCAUAAUCCCCUAACCUCAAAUAAACUCAAGAUAUUACACCUUUUCA